UCUACUUUAUUUCAGUAGAGAGAUCACUAGAGAGAGAGAGCUUGAACACACGAAGAAACAAACAGCCAUGGCGGGAAUCGAUACGCAGAAGCAGCUUCUCUCUCUGAUCCGCGAUUUCACCUCUGAACGAUCUCGUGGAGAGCAAAGAGUUGUUGGAUUGAAGAAACGAAUCGAGGUUUUACAAUCGGAAGUUGAAGCAGCGAAUUCAGAAGUUGAGCAUGCGAAGCGUAUCAAAGAAGUCGCGGAAGAGGAGCUUAACGGAUACGAAGUUGAAUUGUCUUUGAACGAUGCUACGAUUCAAUCUCUGGAGGCAAGGAUUGGUCUUCUUCAGGAUGAAGUUUCUACUAUUGGCAGUGAGAUUGAUGCUCUUAAGAACAAGGAAGGAUUACUCAGAGAUCAGUUUAUAAGCCAAAUGGAAGAGCUGAACAAGGAAAUAAGGGAGUUCCAGAGAACAGUAGAAUCGAGUUUAAGCAAUGAUGAUAGUACUGGCGUAAAAGCAACUUUUGAGGAUGGUCACGGAGCUGAUUCAGAAACUAUUAAGAAUAUGCUAUCUGAUGUAAAUUCUCAAUUAGCAAAAGAGGAAGAAGGAUACCUGGCUGAGCAGAAGAUACAACAACAGCUGCAGAAGGAGCUUGAUGAGUAUGAGAAGAAAAUGUCACUCAUGGAGUCCAUAACAGAGAAAACAAAUUCAGUUCAAGUUCUUGCUAAGCAGACAUCUGAGUUGGAACAGAUAUUGGCUUCACUCGGGGAGGAGCUGCAAAAGAGAUGCCGUUGCCAACAGUGCCAAGCAGAAAAUUUGGAAGUCUUGAGCGUACUUCUUCAGGGAGAUCAAGACAUGGAAGUAUCGUAGUUAAAGCCACUCUCACUUGUGGUUGCUUGUAGAAAGAUUGAUACACUCGGGUCACAAGAUGGUAAGACACUUUUCACCUCUCAGGAUUUGAGAAACCAUUUUCCUAGAAAUUUUACUAAAUUUGCAAUGAUGAAGCAAACAAUACUAGUCCCUAGCUAGUAUCUUUAACACUGAUCACGUUCUUCGGUCUUAAAAGGUAUGUACGCAAUGAACCACAGUUUUCUUUACA